GGGAAAAAGAUUGAAAAUUUUUCUGAUGUCGAAGUGACUUUUUAAACAGAAAUUUGCCAUUUUCUUCCGUGAAAUCAACGAAAAUGGAAAUAUUUGUGAUGGUUCGUCGCGCGAAGCUCACCAUGUUUCUCGAUUGUACCGAGUCAACAACCGUGUCUGAGCUGAAGAAAAUGAUCGAGGGCAUUGCAAAGACGGCGCCAGAAGAUCAGAAAUUGUUCAAAGAUGAACAGGCUCUCGACGAUAAUAAAACGCUGGGUGAUUACGGCUUCACAAGUCAAACAGCCAGACCACAAAAUCCCGCUAUGAUUGGUUUGGCCUGCAAAGUGGAAGGCACAGAUGAAUGGGAGGCAUUAAACAUCACAAGUCUUUCAACACCUCCUGAUCCACCUGAUGUCAUGAUUCCGCAGGAAAGUAGUGCUACCGAUGCAAAAUGAGGACUUGAACUUAGACUGUAGGGUUUGCUAUGCAGCUGUUGAUGUUUUAACUAAAGUGUUUAUGAGUGAAAUGCUAGUGCUAUCAUAUCUAGCCAUCAUACUACACUCAUUUUGUCCAGGGAUUUAAUUGCAAAAUAGGCAUCCAGUCAUUAUCCUAAGAUCAAUGGCUCCAUGCAUUAAAUUUAGAAAGAGAUGAGAGACAGGUUGUAUAAACUUUUAAGCAUUCAGGGUUUAACUUAAAGUACACAAUUCUAUUUGGCUAGUACACCACAUUAAGGAAUAGACCUUUUGCAUUAUAGACUACCUUCAGCUGUGGUGAUUUGAUUGCAUUUCCAUGCAUAGAUCAAAAAGUUUUUUAUAAUGUAAAAGGUCUAUUGGUUUUUAUGGGCCAAGUUGGUUAAAAUUACCCUGGUCCUUAUUUUGCUUUCUAUAUUUUUUCUUCCUAUACUUUGCUUUUUGUCUUUAGUGCCAACACUUGGAAAAUUGUCAAACUAAGUAUUUUGCAGAGAUCACGCGUACAUGAUCUAUAGGAUUGAAGAAAUGCUAUUGGCUAGCUUAAGACGCGUGCUAAAAUGUGAUUGGGUGACAAAACGAGAGUUGACUGUUCAAACUCGUUAGAAUUAUGUGUGACGUCAUUCCGUGCAUCUGUCCUCUUAUAGAUCAUGGCUCUCGACCAAUGAAAUUGCUCAAAUUCUUAACGUUAUUUUAUAAAUCAUAACUACCAAUGCAGAGUUCAUUUCCAGAAAAACUAUACCAAAAAUAGUCUGAUUAUAUAUCCUUGUCAAAUUUGAAUGUAUUGAUUACUAGCGAAUUGUUAUCACAUAUUGUGAAAAAUGCUAACAAUUUCUAGUGAUGUACCGAUAUCUGUAUCGGUUUGUCGGUAUCGACAUACCCGCUCUAUAAUGGAAUAGGUAUCCAUGAAUAUUUUGCAAACAUACCGAUAUCAGUGGCAGUGCAUCUUAGGGAGCUUUCCAUUAAGCGGCCAAAGUGGUCAGACCGGUCAUAUUUUAAAUUGAAAUAGAGUAUUUCGUCAAGAAUAUAACGAUAAAACUAUGUUUCCCGCGCUAGGCAGAUAUAAAUAACGAUAUACUUGAAUGCAGAGUUCCAGUUGGCAGAGUUCUUGAAACACUCUAAUAUACCAAAAUUCUUGUCUGUACCAAAAUACAACAGGAUCGGUCUGGCCGUAAUUCUGACCGUAAAGUGUUAAAAUCAAAUAUAGGUUUGAAAACGAUGUAUGUGUUGUUUUAAAACAUUUCGUAGCAAAUAACUUUAUAUUAGUAGACGAAAAAAUUGAGUUUAAUUCAGUUGCUAUGAUGUCUUUGUUGAAUGUUUUGAAAUCGUAUAGAAUAUUGAAUUGGUAUCGGCCCGCAAAUAUUAUGUUAUCAGAAAAAUCGGUGAAUUUUAAUUUCGGUGCAUCACUACAAUUUCCUCGCGAUAUUUCAAAGUAUGGGAAUUUUGCAAGGAUAUAUUUUCCGCAUUUUACAACUUACAGUUGUCAAUUUCGAAUUUUUACUCAUUUUAGUAUGCUUAUUCCAGUUGUGGUGGUUGAUUUGUGUCACCUAUCAUACAUUGUCACAAGUUAAGGCUAGUUUCCACUCAGAUUAAUUCUCCUUUGGAUCGGACAGGACAGGAAAGAUUCCUUUGUAUAAACGCCGU